UCCCCUCGCUCCCCAAGCGCACGCUCUAGUAUCGCGAUAUUAUCUAAAACACUUGGCGUUGUAUCGCGAGAUUACUUUUGCUGUCUGUACAGCACUAAAAACUGUCAGUGAGGUUAGAGGGGGUAAGAAUUUCUCAAAUCGGCGACUGCCGUUCAAACAGCGGCGUGAAUGUCCAAACCUGUGCAAUUACAAACGUAACGUGUGACACUGAGGGGAAAAACGGCAGCGUCCUCCUCCAAACUGUGCAGGCCAACAGUCUCUGAACUAGAGCAAACAGUGCUGUAACACAGCGAGCAAAUGGCGUUGAAAAGAAUCCAGAAGGAACUGACAGACCUACAGAGAGAUCCACCAGCCCAGUGUUCAGCAGGUCCGGUCGGAGAGGACUUGUUUCACUGGCAGGCAACAAUAAUGGGGCCGAAUGACAGUCCAUAUCAAGGAGGGGUUUUCUUCCUUACAAUUCAUUUCCCAACAGACUACCCCUUUAAACCACCAAAGGUCGCAUUCACAACAAAAAUCUACCACCCCAAUAUUAACAGUAAUGGCAGUAUUUGUCUGGACAUCCUGCGAUCUCAGUGGUCACCUGCACUUACUGUAUCCAAAGUCUUGCUGUCCAUCUGCUCCCUGUUAUGUGACCCGAACCCAGAUGACCCGCUGGUACCUGAGAUCGCACAUACAUAUAAAGCAGACAGAGAAAAGUACAACAGACUAGCGAGAGAAUGGACGCAAAAGUAUGCCAUGUGAGAGUGCCUGCGACUAAAACACUGCAGAAUCAAACGGACAGAGAAGCGUGUUUUUACUUUGAACAAGAGGAGUCAAAAGAAGUGGAUGUUGAGGGGAGGGACCCUUGGAAGGAAAGCAAAAGGCGGAGGUGAGGAGGUGAGAGCCGCUGGUACAUGUUGGCCGCUAUGUGCUGAAUCUGCUGUCAUGUGCCGUUCUCCCAGAUCCGCCGCCACAAUGGCUUAGCCUGGAAAACUCCAGGAAAACUGUAAAACCGGACAAACCUCGGGGAACCACAACCCAGGAAGUUAGACUUGUACUACUGUUAGUUCUGUUAUUACUGUCAUUAUGAUUUUCUCAGUGUUGCAUUCUCACUCUUGUCAUCACUGAACGAGGAAACGUCGGGCUGAAGUUGGAAUUGCGGCGAUACAGGAUUGAUCGUGUCUGAACCAUCGCACCGUCCCGUUGGAGUCCCUGUGGAAACCAUAGUUGUGUGUGCACUCAUGCACUUGACAUUUUUAACAGUUUGUGGUAGAAUGUAAAAAAUCGGAUGUCAGAAAGACCUUACUGUAGUCUCCAACUUCCUGCCGUUUCAGUGUUAUCCCAUAAAACACUAUGAAUGUGAUUAGGAAGAGGUUGUGUCCUAAUGAGAUAAUGCGAUUUGAUUUUUGAACAAAUGGAGGUCAUAAAUAGUCAAGUGAGUCUAUAUCUUUGUGCUAUAAAAAAAAAAUUAAACCUAACACCAGGUCCUAACCAGACGCGAUGCAAAGAGAUUCCAUAUACCCUCAUUCACUGUUCCCUACGUUACUUCACUAAUAUAGCCCACUUACAGGAGUGAAUGAAAACAAGUGUGUGAACCUGGACUCUGAGUACACCAGAAGAGCUGCAGGAAUUAAUUUGGCUCAACCCUCACAUGUUUUUAGUUGAGUGUACAUUGGUUGUACACUAGAUAUCGAGAUGCAUUGAAUGAGUGCACUCGAUAAUGUCCACUUCGGUUGCAAUCACCACUACAAAUGGCAGUUUCCUCCAAUAGUGACCUUUUAAGGGUAUGUAUGGGGCGAAUUUGUCUGUCCACACCAGGUGCGACAAGGCACAAGAUGCAACAAAAUCAAUCACAACUCACAGCCAAUCAGAAGAGUGUGGGCGGAGCUCUCUCUGAAAGCUUACUGCUCUCUCGCUGUGAAAUGGAUAUGUAAUUUCAUCAGAUUUAACUCAAAUAUAUAUAUAUAUACUCAGUGACUGAUACAAUUUUGUCAUUUUUGUUGUGAAAUACACUUGUUUGUUCACAGAGUUCACAGUUUGAUCUUGUUUAUUUCAAGGUGUUUUCAAGAUCUGAGGUAAAUUAUCCAUUGUAGCUUUCAUUAUGGCGUUAAAUUCAUACAAAAAUGACGUUCAUAACGCAAAUGGAACUUUUAAUAUUGUACAUACCGGAGAUGAGUCUAAUCGUUGUCAGCCACGAGGUAGCAGAAAUUGGAAAAAAAAAAAAAAAUUGUUACAUUUAAAAUUAAGUUUUUGAAAAAUAGAAUCACUCGUCGCUUAUCGCCAUCGCUGUUGAUUAGGACAAAAGCAAAAUGUUAAACAAACCUUUUUCUCGUGGCGUGUUGCAUUACGUCUCAUUAGGACACAGUGUUAUUUUUAAUUAUUAGACAUAAAUAUUUUUUUAUUUGGUUAUAAUCAUAUCUCCUUUUGACAUUGUUUAUUUAACCUUGAGCGUUGGUCGAUUUCAGAAUUAAGCUGGCCGUUCACACAGGGCAUGUUCUUGCUUUCCAUUUGCGCUGUAUUUUUAAUGUUGCUCUAUGUAAACGUUCAUCGUUUGAUGUGCAGUGGAAUGGUGUCGAUUUGAAAAGAAUGGACCAAUCAGAUGAAUCUGGAGGCACGUUAACCGUAUUUACUGUACAUAUGGACAAGCUCCGUCAACCUGUUUUUAAUGCAAAAACGUGUCUUGCACGAACGGCCACUAAAUUUAAUUCACCUCAGCUGCAUGUGCAUGAUAUGGCAGAUGUGUAAGUAUUUGUUUUGAUAAGUAUUGUGAAGUUGCUUUAGGAAUCAAGGCAGAUUUUUAUACUUGUCUUAAAAAUUCACCCAAUUUGUUUGCAGAAAAAAAAGAGGGAGCAAAAAAGCUGAACGGUGGGACUGUGUGGGGAAAAAAAAAAGAGAAAUGCCACCAUUUCUGCCAAAUGUGAUUAUGCCCCUUUCAGAUUUGCAGGCAAUGGGCACGUCAUAGCGUAUGAAUGCAAUAUUUUUUUGGCUACUUAGCAUUGAUCUCUUCUACAAAUCUGUCUGCAAAAGUGUAAUCUUUAGAUACUCUUGUUCCUGUAGUCACUAAUAUUACUAACUUUUGACAGUUGAUGGUACGUUUGAUGUAUGACCAGCGCAGGUGCUGGACUCAAGUACUUUUACUGUAAAUUAAUUUUUGUAAACUCAUUAACUCAUGGCUGCCUAUUUAGAGGUGGAUGAUCAAGAUGUUU